AUACUUCACACAGCACACAAGCAUAUAGAUAAGUUAAGUCGUCAUUCGCCGUGUAUGUGUCAUGUUUAGUAGAGGUAUUUGUGCUUUCGCUGAAACAAAGAUUAACUUCGAAUGAGUCUAACUUGCAUUAUAAAGUAUGCUUCAGUGCUUUAAAGGGGUAAUUUUAUAGUGUAACCAGUGCAACUAAGGAAAGUAGAGGAAAAAUAUUGUAAAAGAUACGCACCAACACAAUCAAACAUCUCGCAUCAAAAUGUUGUUACUAUUGUUGUUGUUGGCUGUACCUCUUGUUUUUUAUGCUCUCAACAAAUGGAGCAAAAACAAAAGAAAUUACUUCGAACAACGCAACGUUAAGUAUUUCAGUCCGUCGUCGUUGUUUGGAGUAUUUUUUAAUAAAUUUGCGCCGGCUGAUUUCGUUCAGUUGCUCUACCAAGGAUUCCCAGAUGAACCUAUUUACGGAAUAUCUUCAUUUAAUGCACCCCAAUAUCUCAUUCGAGAGCCCGAGCUGAUUAAACGAAUCGGAGUGAAGGAUUUCGAUUAUUUUGAGGAUCACAAUUCGUUCGCCAGUGAUAAGCACGAUCGGCUGUGGGGUAACAAUUUGUUCUUUACUAAAGGGGCAAAAUGGCGUAACAAUCGGGCCAUGGUCAGUCCAGCCUUUACUGGCAGUAAAAUGAGACAGAUGUUCGAACUGGUGGCUGAUUCCACGGAGCAUGUUGUAGAAUACUUCUUGAAGAGAGUUGAAAAUGGCGAAAAAAUCGAUGUAGAAAUGAAGGAUUUCUUCUCGCGUACACUACUUGAUUCGAUUGCCAGUUGCGCAUUCGGAUUGAAAGUGGAUUCGUUCGCGAAACCGGAAAAUGAAUUUUUUCUUAACAGCAAAAUUGCCGUUAAUUUGUCCACUGCAAAGCAAUUUUUCAAAAUUGUGCUCAUGAGUAAUCUACCGUCGGUGGCUAGUGCGUUUGGCAUUUCGCUAAUGGAUAAAGAAGUAGAAAGUUCCUUUCAAAACACUGUUCUGGAUACAAUGAAAAUUCGGAAAGAGAAAAAUAUCGUCCGACCGGACAUGAUAAAUAUGAUGAUGGAGUUGCGUAAAGGCACAUUGAAUGAGCCAUCAGAUGAAGUCAAAGACACUGAAGGCUUUGCCGCAGUACAAGAGAUCGAAGUCGAAAAAACGACCGUCAAUCGCACAUUAAACGACGACGAGAUCACCGCUCAGUGUUUUAUCUUUCUAGCGGGUGGAUUUGAAGCUACAUCAAAUGUCUUGAUGUUCGCAUCGUAUGAACUAAUGACGAAUCCAGAUCUACAACAGAGAUUGUAUGAAGAAAUUGUCGAAAUGAAUCAGCAGCUCGGUGGUAAGCGUAUCAAUUAUGAUGAACUUCAAAAAAUGAAAUAUUUGGAUCAGGUCGUAUCCGAGACACUACGAAAGUGGCCACCAGCGAGUUCCGUCGACCGGGUUUGUGGUAGAGAUUAUGUGCUUCGUGUGAACGAUAGCUUGUCCGUAAAUAUCGAAAAGGGUUCAAUUUGCCUCUUACCGAUCUACGGAAUUCAUUAUGAUCCGAAAUACUUCCCCGAACCGGAAAAAUUCGAUCCGGAGAGAUUUAGCAAUGAAAAUAAACGGAACAUUGUGUCUGGCAGCUUCAUACCGUUUGGUACCGGUCCGCGCAACUGUAUCGGCUCUCGCUUCGCUCUGAUGGAAGUCAAAGCAGUUUUGUAUUAUUUACUGCUAAAGUUCUCAUUCGAACCGAAUGAAAAAACGGAAAUUCCACUGCAACUGAAAAAAGUGUUGACAGCAAUGAUGCCCGAAAAUGGUUUACAUUUGGAGCUGAAGCCACGUAAAAAUUGAACAAAGAAUUGCGGUGCAUGCAUGCAGCUGUAUUGAAUAAAAUGGACGGCAAUUGCUAUUCAUGAAAGAUUUUCUGAUAAAUCGUAUCAAUAAGUGUUUGAUUGAAAGUCAAUAAAAAUAACUCGUAACGUUAUGACAUAAUCGA